UGCCAGGUGUCCUUUCAGGAUGGGGAGGUGAACCUCCCUGGACCUACAGAACUGCUGUUGGCUCAGAGGGCCCGGCUCCCUGUCAGUGAAAUUACAAAAACAGUGGAAAUUUCUGGGGAAGGUGGACCCUUGGGAAUACAUGUUGUACCCUUUUUUUCAUCUUUGAGUGGAAGGAUGCUGGGACUCUUCAUCCGUGGUAUUGAGGACAACAGCAGGUCUAGGCGUGAUGGGCUUUUCCAGGAGAACGAGUGCAUCGUGAGGAUCAACCACGUGGACCUGACAGAUAAAACCUUUGCACAGGCUCAGGACAUCUUCCGUCAGGCAAUGAAAUUUCAAAGUGUCAUCUUGGAAGUCCUCCCUCCAUAUAAUCGAGAACAAUAUGAGAAAUCUGCCAUUGCUCCUCUCUGCUUUCUGGAUAAUGAAGAAGGGGUUCCAAAAACAAAGAUUCCACCUCCUGUUCAUCCCAAACCUGCUCUGAAAACAGUUAAUCUUUCUGGAGCAAGCAGCUUGGAGACAGGUGUUCAGGCACCAGUACCAGCUAAGAGCCCCAGCCUUCCACGGCUGGGCAGGAAGUCAUCCUCUCCCUCACUGUCUCCCCUCAUGGGCUUUGGCAAUAAAAAAAAUGCAAAGAGAAUAAAGAUAGACCUGAAGAAAGGUCCAGAAGGACUUGGUUUCACCGUGGUCACCAGAGACUCUUCUGUACAUGGUCCUGGUCCUAUUUUUGUGAAGAAUAUUUUACCAAAAGGUGCAGCAGUCAAAGAUGGGCGUUUGCAGUCAGGAGACAGAAUCCUGGAGGUGAAUGGACGGGACAUCACUGGCAGGAGCCAGGAGGAGCUGGUAGCUAUGCUGAGGAGCACAAAGCAAGGGGAAACUGUCUGCCUGGUCGUGGCUCGCCAGGAGGAGGCCUUUCUACCUCGAGAGCUG